UUUGUUUCCGGCUCCUGCGGCGUCUGUCAGCCUGACGGACUGCUCUGCUCUCAGAUCAAUAAAGGAGGAUUUCCUUCAGUCCCAGCCGACCGGACCGACUCUUCCCCACUCAUCCUCUGAAUCCUGCAGAUCAGGAGCAGCUUCUGUCUCACCGGGCCGCAGCGCCUCUCAUCCUCCGUCACGCCUCAUCUCCCAGUCCCAGAUCAAGGACCGCGGCGUCUCGGCCAUCGAUCGCUUCCUCCCGUGUUCAGACGGCGGAAGAACCCGUCUGGGACCCGAGCCGGACCGCUGCAGAUCGACCGGCCUCCUCUGUGGAGAGCUCCAUGGACGCCUCGUCAUGAUGUUGGGUUCUUCGUUCUUCCCCUGCGCCCGGCUCCGGACCCGCCCUCUGCUCCGCCGCCUGCUCUCGGAGUUCCGGCCCGGCGGCGGCCCGGCACCGUCCAGGCGGCUCGGCACCGAGGGCCACACCCUGCAGCCUGUGAUUGGCCAGGACUCCAUCGAGCUGCUGGGCCACUCCUACCCCCGCGACGACUUCACCAACGUCACGCCGAAGAUCCUGGCCAAGGUGGGCUUCCACCUGCAGAACCAGCCGUACCACCCGCUGUGGCUCAUCAAGGAGCGGAUCAAAGCUCACUUCUACAGCUCCUACGUCGGUCGCUGGGGCAACCCUCUGUUCUCCGUCCACGACAACCUGAGUCCAGUGGUGACGGUGCAGCAGAACUUUGACAGCCUGCUGAUUCCUCCUGAUCAUCCCAGCAGGAAGCCAGGCGAUAACUACUACCUGAACAGAACCACCAUGCUGCGGGCCCACACCUCGGCCCACCAGAGGGAGCUGGUCCGGUCCGGUCUGGACGCCUUCCUGCUGGCCGGAGACGUGUACCGGCGGGACGAGAUCGACGCCAGCCACUACCCGGUCUUCCACCAGAUGGAGGGGGUCCGACUCUUCUCCGACCACGAGCUGUUCUCCAGGGUCCGCGGCGGGGACGAGCUGAGCCUGUUCGAGCGCGGCGGGCGCCGGACCGCCCAGAAGCAGGAGAGCCACAGCCUGGAGGCCGUCAAGCUGGUGGAGUUUGACCUGAAGACCACCCUGACCCGACUCGUCACACACCUGUUUGGACCAGACGUGGAGGUCAGGUGGAUCGACUGCCACUUCCCCUUCACCCACCCCUCCUUUGAGAUGGAGGUGCGUUUCCAGGGCGACUGGAUGGAGGUGCUGGGCUGCGGCGUGAUGGAGCAGGAGCUGCUGCUGUCGGCCGGCGCUGGGAACAAGCUGGGCUGGGCGUUCGGUUUGGGUCUGGAGCGGCUGGCCAUGAUCCUCUACAGCAUCCCGGACAUCCGGCUGUUCUGGAGUCGGGACGAACGAUUCCUCAAACAGUUCAGGGUGGACGACAUCCAGACGCCCAUCUGCUUCCAGCCUCUGAGUAAAUACCCGCCGCUCCACAACGACAUUUCCUUCUGGCUGCCGGACGCCGACCGCUUCACGGAGAACGACUUCUACGAACUCGUUCGCUCGGUGGGCGGAGACCUGGUGGAGAAAGUUACUCUGGUGGACGACUUCACUCACCCCAGGACGGGCCGGCGGAGUCACUGCUACCGCAUCGUCUACCGCCACACGGAGCGAACUUUGACCCAGCAGGAGGUCCGGCGGGUCCACCAGCAAAUCGAGCGGACGGCGGAGACGGAGCUGGGCGUCCAGGGCCGGUUCUGACUCUGAGCGGCGUAGAUCUACACACACAGAGCCUGAGCGCCGCGGGGAGAGUCACUCUGCUGCAGCUGCUGCUGCAGGCGGUUCACAGGCUGCUGCAGCACUUCGUCAUCCUCCCUCUGCUCCUCUUCAGCCUUAACGUGUGAAUCUGACGGCGCCUUCAGUUUCCAUAAACAUGGUCUGUGCGUCGAGCACCAGCUGCUGCAGCGCCAGGCUGCUGCAGCGCCAGCUGCUGCAGCGCCAGGCUGCUGCAGCGCCAGGCUGCUGCAGCGCCAGGCUGCUGCAGCGCCAGGCUCCUGGACCCUGAUGACUUCCUGUUUCUGAAAUCAUUUAAUGUUAAAUUACUCAUAAAAACUCAUCUAGUUUAAAAACCUGCUGUGUAAAAUUAAUUUGACUUGAACCUUUUUGGAAGGUUCCUGUUUGGAAACAGGAAGAAAUUUUUCUGAAAUGUUUUUGGAAAUUAUGUUUUGAAUGUUGACUAAAGAGGAAAAGUUAAUAAAAAAAACGUUUGCACUAA